UCUGACCGUGUCGACGAGUGGAUGAUUGGUAGCUUGCCCGAGUUUGAUGGCAAGAAAUUACAGUCGGUUGCCAAAGGCGAUCUUGACCUCGGCGAAUUGGAUAGCGAAGAAGAUAAAGAAGAGCAAAAGAAAGUUGAAGAUGAAGCACAAUCUAUCAUCAAACAACUGAAAGAAGAGCUAGCGGAGAAAGUUGAGGAUGUACGCGUAUCACAUCGCCUCACCUCAUCGCCCUCUUGUCUCAUCUUGAGUGAGCACGACAUGGCCUUGUACAUGCAGCAAAUGCUAAAACAAGCAGGUCAUGACAUGCCAUCCAAUAAGCCUGUUCUUGAAAUCAACCCAAGUCACCCACUAUUGGCGC